CGUCCGAGCUGCUCCAGACAUUCAGUAAAGAGACUCGUCUGCGUGAGCAUGGCACAGGUAUCCUCAGUCACACUCCGCUAGCGCGCAGGGAGAAGUUCUCCAACAUGCUAUCGGAUCUGGAAAUACGCUGUUAGGAUACAGAUCAUGGAUUCGGGUUCGCCUUGACUGCGCUUCACUGAUGCUGUAUGAAUAGAUUCGAAGCGCACGAGCGCGUGCAGUGAUUCAGUGAGAGCGCAGCGCGCGUUUGGAGAGGCGCAGAGGCUGCUCGCAGCAGAUUUCGGAUAAGAGUCUUUAGGAGACAUGGCUUGCCUGCGCUCUGUGCCAGCGAGGAGGAAUCAUACCGCAUCCAUCUUUUCUGUGCUGUUCAUUCUGAUUUUUAUACUCGGAUGCCAGCAGAUAUCUCACUGUGCAUCUGCAACCCUUCAUCCUGGUCCCCAUGUAAAGCAUAAAGCUCUGCUGGAAACUCUGCGGUUGCCUCACAACACAGAAUAUGAAAUCGUGGCCCCAUACGAGGUGGACCAUCAAGGGCGUUACGUUUCUCAUGCCGUGGCCCACCAUCACCGCAGGAAACGCUCCAUGGAAGAUCAAGAUCACGACCUCGCUGUGCACUUCAGGCUGCGUGGAUUAGGACAGGACUUCCACCUGGACCUGCAGCCGUCCCGUGACCUGAUCGCCCCCAGCUUCACCGUACAAACCCUGAGCAGGAGCGGCACCAAGAGCCUGCAGCCCUUUCCUCAAGACCACCUCUGCUUCUACCAUGGGGUGCUGAGGUCAGAGGUCAACUCAUCCGUGGCCCUGUCGACAUGUGCAGGGAUGUCAGGUUUGAUCAGAACUCAGGAUGCGGAUUACUUCUUGAAGCCACUGCACCCACAUCAGGCACUUCUGGAGAACUUCACAGCACCAUCAGACCACCAUCCCCACAUCCUAUACAAGAGAUCCACACCAGCACAGACAAACACAGGCAGAAACAGGAGGUCAACUGAGCCAAAGACAAUCAGCAGAAGACAUUUGGCCGUCCCAUAUCUGGGGAGAACCACACAGACGGAUCCAGAGGAGUACCAGCGUACACUGCACAGUCAUGAUGGCACAUGGCAGAGACAGCACUUCUGUGGAAGACGGAAGAAAUACAUGCCUAAACCUCCUGAGGACGAUAUCUAUAUUUUUCCGGAUGAAUAUAAGUUCAUGCCCAGAGGGAAACGAUCCAUUAUGUUCAAACCUCAGAAGCACCAGAGGCUAAAUGUGGAGACCCUAGUGGUGGUCGACCGCAAGAUGAUGGACAAUCAUGGCCAUGAGAAUAUAACCACAUAUGUCCUUACUGUUCUUAACAUGGUCUCAACACUUUUCAAAGAUGGCACGAUUGGAGGUGACAUCAAUGUUGUAAUUGUUGGACUAAUACUGCUGGAUGAAGACCAGGAUGGACUAGUGAUUAACCAUCAUGCAGAUCACACUCUGAACAGUUUCUGCCAGUGGCAGUCGGGAUUGGCCGGACGAGAAGGUCGCCGGCAUGAUCACGCCAUCCUGCUAACCGGGCUGGAUAUCUGCUCCUGGAAGAAUGAACCAUGUGACACUCUGGGCUUUGCUCCAAUCAGUGGGAUGUGCAGUAAGUACCGCAGCUGCACGAUCAAUGAGGACACGGGUCUCGGUCUGGCCUUCACCAUCGCCCACGAAUCUGGACACAACUUUGGAAUGGUCCAUGAUGGUGAAGGAAAUGUGUGCAAGAAGUCGGUUGGAAAUAUUAUGUCUCCUACCUUGGCAGGACACAAUGGUUUAUUCUCCUGGUCAUCCUGUAGCCGACAAUAUCUAAACAGAUUUCUAAGUACUUCACAGGCCACCUGUCUGUCUGACGAGCCCAGCGCCAUCCAGGAGUACAAGUACCCUGAGAAACUGCCCGGAGAGCUGUAUGACGCCGACACGCAGUGCAAGUGGCAGUUCGGAGAGAAAGCUAAACUGUGCACUCUGGACUUCAAGAAGGACAUCUGUAAAGCCCUGUGGUGCCACCGGGUCGGAAGAAAAUGUGAGACCAAGUUCAUGCCAGCCGCCGAGGGCUCUGCCUGCGGUCCAGAGAUGUGGUGUCGGCGGGGUCAGUGUGUAAAGCAGGGUGAUGAAGGUCCUAAGCCGGUUCAUGGUCAGUGGUCAUCCUGGUCUGGCUGGUCCAGCUGCUCGAGAAGCUGUGAGAGUGGAGUGACCUACAGAGAGAGACACUGCAGCGGCCCCAGGCCCAUGUAUGGCGGCAGGUUUUGCGAGGGCUCGUCUCGCUCUUAUAAACUGUGUAACACCGCUGACUGUCCUCAAAACGCCAUGGAUUUCAGAGCCGCCCAGUGCGCCGAGUUCAACAGCAAACCCUUCCGCGGAUGGCACUACAAGUGGAAACCCUACACACGCGUGGACGAUCAGGACGUGUGUAAGCUCUACUGCUUCGCUGAAGGUUACGACUUCUUCUUCGCCCUCUCCAGCAAAGUCAGGGAUGGGACGCUCUGCACACAGGACAGCUCUAAUGUCUGCAUCGACGGCAUUUGUGAGAGAGUGGGCUGUGAUAGGAUGCUGGGAUCCAAUGCCGUGCCAGAUCUGUGUGGCGUCUGCAAGGGCGACAACUCCACCUGCAAGACCUACAAAGGACAGUUCUCCAAACAACAUUACAUGAGCCAGUACUACCGUGUGGUGACCAUACCGUCUGGAGCGCGCAGCAUCCGUGUGACGGAGCUCAACUCCUCCAGCUCUUAUCUGGCCCUGAGGAAUCUGCAGAGGAAGUACUACCUGAAUGGACACUGGACAGUGGACUGGUCCGGACGACACUCCAUCGCUGGGGCUGUGUUUGACUACAAGAGACCCUACAACCGUCCAGAGAGCCUCACCUCCACUGGACCCACCAAUGAGACGCUGGUAGUUGAGGUUCUCAUGCAGGGCUGGAACCCGGGCAUUCAGUGGGAAUACACACUGACCAAAGAUCACACAGAGCGACGCAACCAGCCCAAACACAACUACACAUGGGCCAUCGUUCGCUCGCAGUGCUCAGCCAGCUGUGCAGGAGGUCAGAUGGUCAGUAAAUCAGUCUGCUACAAGGAUCUGAGGCUGCAGGUGAACACGUCUUACUGUAACUCACGGUCUCGGCCGUCCACCGGUGUGACGUCCUGUAACACACAGCCCUGUCCAGCAAGCUGGCGUGUGGAGGGCUGGGGAGCGUGCAGCCGCAGCUGUGGAUCCGGAGAGCAGAUCAGACAGGUGCGCUGUGUCCAGAAAACAGGCCCGGAUCAGGUGGACACUGUGACCGAUGAGCGGUGUGCACAACCACCGCCGUCUCGCAGACAGACCUGCAACACACACACCUGUCCUCCCGUCUGGAGCGCUGGACCCUGGUCGCAGUGUUCUCGUAAAUGUGGGAAGGGAGUGAUGAAGAGAGCGGUGGUGUGCGUGAGCAGUGGCUCUUACUCCCGCGUGCUGCCGGAUGCCUCCUGUGCCGCUCUGUCCAAACCCAGCAGCCAAGAGACCUGCAUGAUCAAACGCUGCCACAAACAGCGCAAGGCCCAGUGGUUCGUCUCAACCUGGCAACCGUGUUCAGUGUCGUGUGGUAAGGGGCUUCAGCUGCGUGUUGUGAAGUGUGCAGAGAAGGACACCGCAGGAAAAUAUAGAGAACUGUCAGCCAAAAAGUGUCAGCAUGUGCCCAAACCCUCCAUGGAGCUCCAGAGAACCUGCGUCCUGUCAGACUGUCCCAUGGCCUCUCCUCACAGCAGACCGGACUGGUACUCAUCAGCGUGGUCUCAGUGUACGGUGUCGUGCGGAGGGGGCGUUCAGGUGCGCUCCGUCCAGUGUCUCGUUCAUGGACGUCCCUCCUCCAGCUGUGUCCCGCAGAUGAAGCCUGUGAUGUCCCAGGCCUGUAACACUGCAUUCUGCCCUCAGCCAGAGAAGAAAGAUGUGAUCUGUAAGGAUCAUUUCAGCUGGUGUUAUCUGGUGCCGCAGCACGGCGUUUGCAACCACAAGUUCUACGGGAAGCAAUGCUGCAAGUCCUGCUCGCACACGAACCCGUGAGAACUUCUGCUCCAGAUGUUUGACCGUGACCUUCUGAGCCCUGGAUGGAGCAGAGCCAUGCCCUCUCUAGUGCUGCGCUCAACACAUACUGAAUACAAAGACAUUAUUAAAGACUCAGAGCGGUUUGUUUGUCUGGAGAAUGACACAGCCGAGACCGGCGAGACUGUCAGUGCGCGGCUCUCUGCAGGAAAUGACAUCAUCACAAAGCCCUCUGGGGGCGAUAGCGUGUCAGUGAGGGUGUGAGGACUCAUUAUGUGUCACGGAGCUCCAAAUGCAUGGACAUGUGUUAUGUUUUUCCAUGAACAUGCCUCAUAAUCUCACGUGAAACACAUAAACGGGCUUAAUGCGUCUCAUAGUGGCAGCAGGGAGAAUAUGGUGUCGUGUAGUAGAGCUACAUUCAUUUUUGGUGCUAUAUGUUAAUAUUAAUGGCAGCCGAGCAGCUGUUGCAUAACAGGGGUUUUAAAUUAACAUGACAAUAAAUCAGCGCUUUUGUAUGAUUGAUAUUAAUUCUCUUAUUUAUUAACAAUACUGCAAUAUACCACAAUGCUCUUCUGCUGUAACAUUGUGUUAUACGGCUUUUAUGUUCCUGUUUAACUUUUGGGUAUAGUUGCACGAUUGGUUAUUUUUCUAUGUGCCUUCACAGCACUGUUAUGUAUUUGGGUUUCAUUAUUUUCGAGGAAAACAAAAUGCCAAUUAAACUAGUUUAAUGAACUGUAAGAAGUGUCACGUUUAACAAAGUCAGCUCUCUUCGCGGGAUGUUUUUAGCAACCGCUCGACUGCCAAGAACAGUAAAUCUGUCUUGGGCCUGAUGGAGAGACUCUGCACGUGUGGGGUUUGAAGAGAGCUGCGUCGCACAAAUGACUUCCAUCUUUUACAGUAUUUGCAUUUGUUGUACAGCAACGGUAGAUGAAUGUAAUCGCUCGUCCACUGCGAGUGUUAUUCUGAAGAGUGGACGCAGGAUUUGUUAUAAAUGGCAGUUCUUAUUAAACGUGAUGCGUGUCACACUGCUAUCACA